GACGUCAGAUAGAGGCAUUUAAUUUCCUUCUGAUUUUGAACCUCUCUUUCUCUAGCAUCCUCCGGAAAUGCCUGAGCUCAAGAGAGGCUAUAAAAUGAUGAUGGACCACGCGAGUGUACCCACACUCUUUUGAGUUUGCUCGUCACAAACAUCACAUCCAAGUCAAACAGUGGUAUAAACUCGCAUUCAAAACCUUGGUGUUCAUCCAUAACUCACUCUACGCAAUAUCGAUUUGAUGGCACCCAAGAAAGAAAUGACUACACAGGGAGAAGGACUAGACGUGCAGAGCGAGACCACGACCGUAGACAAAGCCGUCAAUAGAAUAUUCAGCACUCCCGACUGGAACCCGGACUCAGGAAUCAAAAUUUCAUGCUCGCGACGUAAGCACAAGGACAAAAGUCACAUUCGUCGGCCAAUGAACGCCUUCAUGAUCUACGCCCAAGCUGCCAGACGAAAGGUUGCAAGAGAGUAUCCAAAUCUUAGCUAUGCACAACUCAGUAAAACCCUCGGGAAACUCUGGCGUCUGCUGGACGCGAGGGAGAAACGACCGUUCAUCGAGGAGGCCGAACGUCUCCGACAGCAACACAAGGUCGACUACCCCGAGUACAAAUUUCAACCGAAACGAAAGUCAAGAAAAGGGAGCACGGAUGAAAACGAAAACGUCGUGUCAGAACGCGACCUGCUAACGCUUCUCAAAUCAAACGUGAACACGGGACUGUCAAACACGAACAAUAGCGAUCAUCAGGUCAGACUGCCGGGAAAUCCCGACAUGUCACGAAUCCCAUACAACGCACAACUUCACGUCAGCACGAACUAUUCCGAAGGCAUUCCGAAGAAUCCCGGCGUUAAAAUGGAACCAGAAUCGCCGCAAGACGAGAUCUUCGAAGACCUGUUGUCCGUGUUAAGCGAUAUGGAAAAUGACAAAGCGAACUUUGGGUACUCCACGAAACUUACCCCGCCUCCUUCGCCAGAUUAUAACCUCAGUCUUCUUCCCGCUAGAAGCACAAACUCCCCCGUAAACCCUACGUUUCCUACCUAUUCCACACCUACCCACCACAAUAACGACUUCACGGCGCUAUCGAACUAUUUGACCGGGUACCAAAACUACAAUGAGUUAAGUUUCACUCAGACAGUGACACAACCUGUGACCAGCCCGUUCCAGGGCAGUCAAGCGUUCCAAAACACUCAAAACACAAUUACCAACACGGAACUUGCAAAUCAGUACACGAAUUUAGUGACAGUAGUCUAAUACAUACAGAUUUAUAUUUAUAUAUAUGUGUAUAUGUAUAACGUUUGUGAAAUAUUACAAUGGAGGGGAACAUUCUAAUCAUAUAAUAAUACUUUAACCGAAAUAUUUAUACAAAAUAACCAUAAAAUUCAUAGACUUAAUUCAAACUCAUGCAUACUACGGAUAACUUAGGAGUUUAUAUUGAAAGGUAGCCAUGAAUUUCAUAUCGUAUUUGGUGGUAAAAAUACGUCAAUAAAUCUUUAGAUAAUGCACUGCGGUUAAUUUGAAUGGCUGCCAUUGUAAAUAACGCAUUUUUUGUAUAUUUCCAUGAACCACACACGUGUGUUGGUAUUAUUCAAUAAAAUUCCGAGUAUUUCAAAAGAUUUAUCGUAUUUUUGUUGUUGCCAGACUUGUUGAAAUGAGGUUUCAUUGUUUUAUAUCGUUUCAUGUUUACGAAAGGAAAUGAAAAACGUUUUCUCGUGUGAUAUGGUUUACGAAAAAUGUA